AUGGCAUCAUUCAUAUGUUUCGACGAAUUACCAGAUCUCUUCUUCAUCGAACUAUUUCAUUAUUUAUCUUCAGCUGAUAUUCUUUGGUCAUUCAUUAAUUUAAAUAAUCGUAUUCAACAAAUAAUUAGUGAACGAGGUUUCUUUCGUCAUAUUAAUUUAUCAUCAUUAGGUUUUUACAAAUUUGAUACACUUCUUACACUUCUUCCAUUGUCUCAAGUUCAAAUACUUGUCAUUAAUAUAGAAGCAUCAUCUCUACAACUUUCUCGCUUUUCGUAUUUACCUCAUUUAACUACAUUACGAUUAUAUGGUUUACGUGACUUGAAAGAUGCUUUCAAUUUUAUCCUUCGUCACUCUCAUUCACUCGUAUAUCUUACAUUACAGACACACGAUUUAUUUAGACCUAGGGGUUUUGGAGGAUCUGUUGUAUAUCCGAAAGUGCAUCUCACGACAUUCAUGGAAAAUAUUUUACCGCAUUUAAAUGCACUUCGUUCACUCGAUUUAGGUCAGGGUAUUGACUUAGGUCUUCCACUUUGGCAUGUUACAACAAUAGAAUGUUCUCUUAAUUAUCUUCGUAUACCUUUGCAACAUAUAAAACAAUUAUGUCAAGUUAUGUCACUAGAAAAACUUUCAACUACAUUAGAAGAAUUACAUGUAGGAAUGCGCAGUUUAGAUGCGGGAGCUCAUAACGAUUUACCUGAUGAAUUAGUUCUAUCUAAAAUGAUUAAUUUACAUUCGUUCAGUUUAGUUCAAUCAAUAUUCACUGACAAUAGAAUUGAAUGGUCAACUAUUGAAAUAUUAACAACUGCAAAUGUAAUGCCUGUACUUCGAAAAAUGAAUUUGAUUCUGUUCAUUAGUUUGGAUGAUGUGGAUUGUAUUAAGAAAUCAGCACUAUUUACUGAUAAUCGUCAAAUUGAUAUUCAAUUUGCUUUCAUUAUGGAUGAAAAUUCUCUCGCUACUCAAUUAAGUGAAUAUAUACCACAUGGUAGUCGCUUCCAUCCACGAGAAAUCGUUGGUAUAACAUGUAUGGCAAGCUGUUUAACAACUGAAGAUCGACAAAUGACAAAUCUUAAUUGCUAUUAUGAUAAUUAUUCAUGGAUUUUACAUGUAUGGUAUACUCUACCAUGGGCAUUUGACGAAUUUUUUGAACUGGUUGCACCAGAUAUGUAUAUAACCAAAGUAGAAACAUUUCUUCCAUCACAAUGCAAUUCGACAAUGAUUUAUCCAUCUCGACUUCGUACACUUGCUGUAUCAGAAAAUAACUCUUUACCAUCGAUUGUUUCGAUGCCUCAUGUUGUUCAAUUAGAUCGUAUUAGCACAGUUCAUUUAUCAUUUCAUGAUUGGCCUAUUGGUUUGAAGCUUUCAAGUCUUCGUCAUAUUACAUUAACAAAUAAUCUUAUUGAAUUGAAAAACUUCGCGUUAUUUUCGAGUAAUAUUCGUUCCAUUCAAAUAAUAUGUUACGCUUCGAUGCCAAACUUUAUCUUAAAUGAUUGGUCUGUCUUUCGUUCACUUUCAUCUCUACCGAAACUGAUUUCAUUACAAAUUGUUAUUAACGACAUGGAUACAAUUCUCGAUGAAAAUAGUUGUCAAAUUAUCGCUGAGACAGCACCAAUGUUUGUUCAUUUUGGCCUUUGUUUUCGACGACAGAAUGCACCACCAAGUCCUGAUGAUUUGAACCGUCCUGCUGAAAUGGAUUCUGCUAUAUUGGCACUUAUAGCUGAAGAUCCUACUCUUAUUAUUAAUGAUGAUGAUGAUUAUACAAUUGAACCUGGUGAUAUAGCAUUUCUGGAAUCAACCAUCAAUAAGUAUCAAACUUGUAUUAAAGAUAUACGUCAUCGUAUCUUAAAUUUAUCAUUUCAUGUUAAACCUCUAAUUGUUGUUGAAGAUGGAGAUUGUGGAUUAACUGUGUGGUUCUAA